AUGGAUCAUCCAAAAUGUUAUUGUUGGCCCGAUUUGAUAAAGGAGCUCUGUGAUAGAAAAUAUGUGAUUAUUGCAAAAGUGUACGGAUCGCUGACGCCAAACACUUGGUCACGCAAUAACGACCGACAAAGUAAAAUCUAUUACAAUCUCACUCGUGUGGUACACCUUGGAAAGAUGAACCAAUCAGAAGAUCAAACUUUUAUGACUGCCUCAACACCAGCACACGUCGAUAAUUGCACUGUACAGCUCAACCUAUCAAGAUCUUAUCUAAUUACAGGCAAGAUUUCUGCAUCUCCAAAGUAG